CGAUAAUACAGGCGAUAAUAUAGGCGAUAAUAUAGGCGAUAAUAUAGGCGAUAAUAUAGAUGAUAAUUUAGUUGAUUCUUCUUCUAUUUUAAAAAAAGAAGAAAUAGAACAAAUAACGUCACAAAAUAACGGUCAAUCAAUUGAAUUAAUUGUUGACACGGAAUUGAAACGCACUCAAAGUGGUUUAUUACUUAAUAGUGAUGGUGAAUCACUUAGUUCCACCUUAAAUCCAAGAACACCAAGAAGUGAACGAAGAAGUGAACGUGAUAAUAAAGCAAAUAGUAAUGGAAGAAGGGCAACACUCUCUACGCGAAAAACAAUGGAGCGUUCAUCAAGUUCUCUGACGAAUAUGAUUGUGGAUCAACCUGAAUCAGUAAACGAUAGACAAUCAUCUUCAGAUGAAUCAUUUACAGAAGGAAGUCCACCUUAUGAACAAAACGAAGGUAGUUCCAGGAAUAAACUUGGCAAGAGAAAAGCAAUAGAUAAUGCUGACUAUGCCGACAAUGAUGAAACUAGAAGAAUGACAAAACGAGUCAAGGUUAUGUGGACUGACCGGGAAUUGCUUGCACUUGAAGAAGGCAUGCGUCAGCAUGGAAAGCAAUGGACAACUAUAAAGAAGAAUUAUGGAGAAAAAGGACAAAUCCUUGAGAAUAGAUCUGCAGCUAAGUUGAAGGAUAAGGCACGUUGUGAGUAUCACCGUCGACAACGAGAUGGUAUUGAAGCUGGUGUCUUUGGAAUCAUGGAUGGACAGUAAAACUUAAAAAUAUCUAUCUAUCUACCAAUCUAUCUCUCUCUCCCUAUAUAUCUAUACUGUAUGUAUAUACUGUAUGUAAAAAAAAUCAAAAAACUAUAUAUAAAUGAAAUUUUAGAACUUUUUUUUUCUGUACAAUCAAGAACAAUUCAUAGUUUUUACUUAGUCCUAUAGGCUAACUAAUUUAACUGUGAAAAUUUACCCAGUUCUAGUAACAAUUAAUA